AUGACUCGCUAUUUCUGCUGUGGGAGCUACUUCCCAGGCUAUCCCUGCUAUGGAACCAACUUCCAUGGGACCUAUAGAGACACCCCCUUGAACUGCGUUGUACCCCUGGGCUCUCCCCUGAACUCCGGUUGUGGAUGGAAUGCCUAUAGCUCCCGGAACUUCCGCUUAGACGGUUGCAAUGGCUGUUGCUAUGGCAACAGCUUUUACAGGCCAUGGGGCUCUGGCUCUGGUUUUGGCUACAGCACCUACUGA